UGCCACCGGGGCCAUUUGGAAGUGUUCAAUCAGCAUGGAGAACGUAGCUAUCUUCCAGGAGUACAAAGCUCUGCACAUGCUGAUUGGUCUGCUGACUGAUCAGCCUGAAGAGGUCCUGGUCAAUGUAGUGGGAGCUCUGGGACAGUUUGCUCAGAUCCAAGCUAACAAGGCCGCCAUCUGCAACGGUGGGGGCAUAAGGGCUCUCAUUAAUCUGCUCAAUGGAACAAACCAGGCUCUGCUUGUAAAUGUAGCAAAGGCUGUGGGAGCUUGUGCCACAGAAAGGGACAACGUGGCAAUCAUUGACCAGCUUGAUGGAGUCCGCCUGGUUUGGUCACUACUAAAGAAUCCCAAUGCAGAAGUUCAGGCUAGUGCUGCAUGGGCCAUUUGUCCGUGCAUCGAGAAUGCAAAGGACGCCGGGGAAAUGGUUCUCUUCCUGAUCGGUGGACUGAAGCUGAUCAUUCAGUUACUGAAGUCACCAAGCAACGAGGUGCUGACAAGCAUUUGUGCCGUCAUUGCCAAGCUAGCCAAAGACAAGGAGAUCCUGGGCGUCCUCUCUGACCGCGGGGUUGUCCCUCUGCUGGCCGGGCUGACUAACACAACUGAUGACAGACUCCGCUGCCACCUGGCCGAGGCCAUCGGCCACUGCUGCAUGUGGAGCUCCAAUAGGGCAUGCUUUGGUGACCAUGGAGCCGUUGGCCUUCUGGUUUCUUACCUGGAGUCGAACGACAAUUUGCUCCUCCUUAACACAACCAUGGCCCUGUACCAACUGUCCAAAGACCCCAACAACAUCAUCACCAUGCAUGAGGAAGGAGUCGUUGAGGAGAGACGCGGGGACAGUUUUCCUCCACGAACCUUUUGGAUUCGAGCGCAGCAGAGAAAUCUGCGGACCGAGCGGCCAAAGAUGAACACCGUUGUGUUUAACAAGCUGAGCAGUCAGGUCCUGUUUGAGGAGAAGGCGAAGGAAGUGGAAAUGAGCAGCAGAAAUUACCUGGAGGUCAUCGACGGUCAACAUCCAGAUCUCCUCUGCAGCAGCCCGGCCAUCAGAGACAGCCAGGCGGCCAGACACAGGCGGAGCGGGGGUCGUCCCAGCGGCAGCAAAGUGCGACACAAGCGCCAGGCCCUGCAGGACAUGGCGCGGCCGCUCAAGCAGUGGCUCUACAAGCACAGAGACAACCCGUACCCGACCAAGACGGAGAAAAUCCUGCUGGCGCUCGGCUCGCAGAUGACUCUGGUCCAGGUGUCCAACUGGUUCGCCAAUGCCAGGAGACGCCUGAAGAACACGGUGAGGCAGCCGGACCUGAGCUGGGCGCUCCGGAUCAAACUCUACAACAAAUACGUUCAGGGCAACGCAGAGAAGCUGAGCGUCAGCAGCGACGACAGCUGCUCCCAAGAUGGAGACAACCCUCAGAGGACACAGAGCGGUCCUGAGGAUCUCACCAAGCCCUUGUACCAGAGCGUCAUCAAGAAGGAAGGCUCCCCCAUGGUGGGCGUGGCCAUCGGCAUGGACCCAGGGCUGCGUUCUGCAGUGGAGGUCGAGGACUACGUGUCUCCACCCAAGUACAAGAGCAGCCUGCUGCACCGCUACCUGAACGACUCUCUGCGGCACGUCAUGGUGGCCAACGCUGUCAUGGACGCUCGCAAGAGGAACCACUCUGGCUCCUUCAGCUCCAACGAGUUCGAUGACGAGCUGCUGUCGCCAUCGUCCUCUGAAGCUGAGGCCCACUUCGUCUAUCGAGCCGAAGCCACAGACCAUGGAUCAAGUCAACAUGACAAGGGCAACGGUGGCGUCGCAGCGACGCAGAAGGCCAAAGAUGAGACGUACUGGAAGGAGAUCAACGCCGCCAUGGCCUUGACCAACUUGGCUCAGGGGAAGGACAGCGUCUCCGGGACAACCAGCUGCAUCAUCCAGAAGUCCUCCCAUAUAGCUGAGGUGAAGACUGUUAAAGUGCCAUUGUUGCAAAAGUUUUAGCUCCGAUUUGCCUAUGCAAAGCAGAAACAUUUCUCUCAGUAAACUUGUUGGAGUCAAAAAAACUCUCUGUGACAUUUAAAGAACUGGUGCUUAAGGAGGAAGGUGGGCUUGUGAGGAAAAAAUAUGUUUUGGUCUUUCUGAAUCUAUUCAAAUGAUGGAUUCCUUUUUUUUAAAAAAAAACAUAAAUAUUUUGUAAUGUUAACUUAUUGUUUUGAGUCUUUUUAUUGCUACAAAUAUAUUUUCCAAAGUGCCUUUGUUUUCAGCAGUUUGCUCACUGAUUGUGCACAAUGGAACAUAUGAUCACAGAGAUUUGUGAAGGAAUGUUUUGUCGAGUGCAGGCUCCUAGUCGGUGUAAUUCAGGAUUUGUCCCUUGUAACAUUAUGUGCCUUAACAACACAGUGAGCUCAUUGGCAUUGAUGAACUCAAAUAGCAUGCAUCUGCACAGGAACUGUUCCUAUUUUGACUGGAGUUUCCAUUUGGGCUGUAAACAGAGCUCUGCUUUGGGACUGCUUAACACGUUUCGAAGCGAAGAACUUUGUCCAUCAUGUCCGCCUCUUAACCUUGGAUCCUAUCAGCCGCUGAAGAAUUUUUCUCUUUUUGAGCCGUGUGUCCACCGAAACGUGCACAAGUUCUCAGCUGGACCCAAAGCCGCUAAUCGCCCACGUGGCCAGGCCGAUAAAGUCGAGCAAAAGACUGCGGUGACCUAAAAGGGAUGUUUUUACUUUACGUUAUCAGUCUGCCAUGCGAAGUGUCGUAGCUUUUCCCCUCCUUUUUUUUUGUUGCAAACAACAGGAUGGUACGGAGUAAAAAAAAAACUAACCCAAAAAGCCGAGCACCGCUCCCUCUCUGCCUUUUGAUCCGCAGCCUCCCCAGAUGUUCGACAUUACAUUUAAAUUGCUGUUUACAAGAAGCCUGAGGACAGGCUUAAAAAUGUAACUUUCUCUUCCAUGGCCUCUUUCUGUCCUGCACAGUAUUAUUUCUUUGUCAGCCAAGUGUUUAAAGCAUUUAUUAUGGCUGCCUCUGUGUGUCUUGUGUCGGUUUUGAUUAAAACUGUCUCGUCUAACUGCGUUGCAUUAAAAUCGUCUCCGUCACCCAGUGGAAAGAAUCCGCUUCUGAGAAAGUGAUUAUUGCAGUUGCACCUGAUUUUUAGCUUUAAGGAUGUCUUGGACGUACUGUUGGUGUGCCUGAAAAUGAACGUUUUGUAUUUACAGUGGUCUGACUGCCGUGAUGAAGGACUUUAAAAGAGAACAAAACUGCACAAUUACUUUUUUUUUUAAACAUGCAUUGAAUGUUUAACCAGACGUUCACGGCUACAUCAGUGUUUUUAACUAAGAAAAGUCAAAGAAACAAAUCUUUUGGUUAUAUCACUUUGUGUAUACAUGGAAGUUGUUUGUAAUUAAUCACACCGAACCUCAGGCUCUGUUUGUUUAUGCACUCGAGACGCUGGCCUCCACCUCCGGCGCGUGUUUCCCAGCCAGCUGAUCCAGGCGCUGGGAGACCUGGAGCCACGGCUCGCGUUUCAGCUUGCAGCUCUGAGCCUCCGGGCCGCUCACGCCUCACACAACGGCCGCAUGCUGGUGACGGAGGCAGAGAAAGGUCAAGGGGAGUUCAAAGGCAGCAGCAGGAACACCAGAUGUAUAAGCAAACGGGCUCCACAGCCAUGACCCCGGUACUGUAACGCUCUCCAGCACAAACUCUGCUCUUAACCACGCUGAGAGAUAUGAAAAUGUGUGUUUUGUAAUGUAUAAAUUAUUGCAUUGAAGAAGCAGUGAAAGUGGUGACCGUAACUUGUCUAUUAUUGUUAAUUUAUGUGAAUGGAUUU